AUGCCAGCCCCUUCUGAGAAGCAUGGUAGAUCAAUGAUUUCUCCACGACCUUUCUCUGCUCGAUUGAGGUCGCUCAACAGUUCAUCUACUUGCUCAUGGCUACCACUCACUGCAGCUUCUAGUUCUGUUAAAAUGGAUAUUAAAACAGUGGAUGUCAACCUGGUACCCACUACAAAACCACUGAAGUCUUUUUGGAAGUGCGCGAUUGUAAAAGGAGAGGAUUACACGGUUUUCAAAGGUAUUCCGUAUGCCAUGCCUCCGGUUGGGUAUCUUCGAUUUCAAGUACCGAAGGAGCCAGCGAAAUGGAGGGGCGUAAUGAAUGCCACUCAGUUCAGUGCGUUAUGUGUACAACGAAUGGAUUCACUAGCUACUGAUCCAGAGAGACAUGCUGUUCAUUUUUCUGAAGACUGCUUGUAUUUGAAUGUUUUCUCGCCUACACCCAAUGAUGACGGCUUUUUGAUCUACUCGGAGAAGGGACGUCAUAAUUGUAUCGUGCAGUACUAG